GCCGGAGCGGCGGAGCAGCGGAGAGCUCGGAGCGCGGCGCUGGGCCUCGGGAGCCGCCGCGGGCUUCCACCAACUUCUCAUCAGACUGCAAUGGGCCCUUCCCAGCUUGGCCCCAGGAUGCUGGUAUAGCACCAGGCAGCCGUGAUCCCGAGGACCUGUGGUAGGACACCAUUUCCAGCUGGGACGUCCUCUGGCCCCUCUUUCCCAGCAGAAGCGAUGGAUGCCCACGUGGACCUCCUGACAGAGCUGCAGCUGCUGGACAAGGUGCCCACGCUGGAGAGGCUGCGGGCAGCCCAGAAGCGGAGGGCUCAGCAGCUGAAAAAAUGGGCACAGUACGAGAAGGAGAUGCAGCACAAGAAGCGGAAGCAUGAAAAGAAGAGAAAUGCUGUUAAUAGGAAGAAAGUGUCUUUCGAAGCCAGUGUUGCUCUGCUGGAGGCUUCUCUGAGGAAUGACUUGGAGGAAGUGUGCUACCUGCUGAAGAGCAACAUCAGCCCUGACCUGUGCAAUGAGGACGGACUGACCGCACUGCACCAGUGCUGCAUAGACAACUAUGAAGAGAUUGUUAAGCUCCUCCUCAGCCAUGGGGCCAAUGUCAAUGCCAAGGACAACGAGCUGUGGACUCCCCUGCAUGCAGCAGCCACGUGUGGUCACAUCAACCUGGUGAAGAUCCUCAUCCAGCACGGAGCAGACCUGCUGGCAGUGAACGCGGAUGGCAACAUGCCCUAUGACCUCUGUGAGGAUGAGCCAACCCUGGAUGUCAUUGAGACGUGCAUGGCCUAUCAGGGAAUUACACAGGAAAAAAUCAAUGAGAUGCGGGCUGCCCCGGAGCAGGUCAUGAUCUGUGACAUUCAUGACAUACUUGCGACUGGCCAGGACCUGAACAGGACUGAUGCCCAAGGUGCCACACUGCUGCACAUAGCCGCAGCCAAUGGUUAUCUGCAUGCAGCUGAAGUCCUUCUUGACCAGGGAGCAAGCCUGGAUGUGAAGGACUGGGACGGCUGGGAACCUCUUCAUGCUGCAGCAUUCUGGGGACAGAUGCAGAUGGCUGAGUUACUCGUGUCCCAUGGGGCUAGCCUAAGUGCCAGGACAUCUUUGGAUGAGAUGCCAAUAGAUCUGUGUGAGGAAGAGGAAUUCAAAGUAUUACUUCUGGAGUUGAAACACAAGCACGAUGUGAUAAUGAAGUCUCAGAUGAGGCAUAAAUCCUCCCUGAGCCGAAGAACCUCCAGCACUGGCAGCCGGGGGAAAGUGGUGAGGAGGGCCAGCCUCUCCGACCGGACAAACCUCUACAGGAAAGAGUGCGAGAAAGAGGCCAUCGUGUGGCAGCAGCUGGGGGCAGCAGAAGAAGGAAGGAACUCGGGUCUCAUUGGAGAAAUUGGGGAGACUCGGUCUGACCAGGAGAACACAGACCCUAAUUCACUGCUGGAGAGCUCUUCCCUCUUUCCGGAGUUAGCAAACAAAAGCACCCAGUGUGACUCUGAAAUCCCCCUCCAGAAUGGACUCAUGGCCUCUGGCAGCACUUACCCAUACACCUUCUCCAACGGGGAUGUGUGGAGCAUGCACGUCGACCCUGAUGGUAACCCAGGCCACGUGCUGCCCUAUGGCAGCCCCGCGCUCCCCGACGCGCAGCAGUUUUGGGGUGCCUACAAGGAGCAGGGCCACCAGACACUCUCUGAACUGAAGCGGCAGCGGGCUGCAGCCAAGCUCCUCAACCACCCCUUCCUCAGCACUCACUUUGGCAGUGGUGUGGGGGGAGUCGCCGAGAACGGGGGCGAGGCCAAGUCGCACCUAAUUGCAUCCAGGACUUCUCCCUACAGCUCCAAUGGGACCUCAGUGUAUUACACAGUGUCCAGUGGGGAGCCGCCCCUCUUGAAAUUCAAAGCUCCCAUGGAGGAAAUGGAAGAGAAGGUGCAUGGAUGCUGCAGGAUUUCCUAGUUCCAGCUGUUACUCGCCUCGGAGGAAACAAGAAGGGAGUGGGCUGGUAGGAUCUAUCGCCACGGCCAGGGUGUUUGCAUUCCAAGGGGAGAAUCUGGUUAUGGACAUCCUGACUGAGGCAGUUUCCUUCAUCUUGAUUUGUACUUUACCCUGCUAGUUACUUCCAUUGAAGUCAAAUGAGUAAUGCAGGUGGAGCAAGGCUCUCAGGAGAGGAAGGGAUACGCAUCAAUAUGAUAUACAAAAAAAAAAAAAAAAGAUGCCUACAUCUUUCUCCCUGGGUAAGAAGGUGUGGUGCACUGUCUCCCCAUCGUUGGGAAGUCAGGGGAUGGCUUGGAAAUAAGUGAUCUGAAUUAAAAUCUUUGUGUCUGACCUCUUGCUGCUGCAAGUAACCAAGCUUCCUGAGGGUAACAGUUCAGACCUGAAUUUUCACUCUUAAGUGAUGCACGUUUCCUGCAGGGGGGAGGUCAGCCCUUCGGGAGGUUUGCAAGUGGACAGAGCUGUUUUCUGUGCAUCUGGAUCCUGCAUCUACAGGGGCUGAGCAACGAGCAAGUGUAGACAGUACAUGUAGAUACUACACUUGCUAUAGGAAGUCUGCAAGGUGUCUCCUUGCAGUGACAGCUCACCAUCAGAAACUGCACACUGGCUGGGUCCUGUUCUGCCCAUCGAAACUCACGCUGCAGACUGCAUCAGGUUCAAAGCAGAACUCUUCCUGGAACAGGCAUCACUCAGCAGGCUUUACAACUGACGUUGCAAUAAGGGGCCCUGGCAAUAGAAUUUUACUGCAAUAAAAUACUGACAAAGG